AUGGUCAGUACAAUGGUAGUAGUUGGACUGACCAUUGCUGCUGCAGGAUUCGCAGGCCAUUAUGCUUUGCAAGCCAUGAAGCAUGUGGAGCCUCAACUAAAACAAGUUUUGCAAAGUCUACCAAAAUCUGCCUUCAGAGGUGGAUUUGAACCCAAAAUAACAAAAUGGGAAGCAGCAUUCAUAGUAGGUGUAAGCCCUACUGCCAAAAAAGGAAAAACAGGAGAUGCUCCUAGACAAAUUAUGCUCUUAAAUCACCCAGACAAGGGAGGAUCUCCUUAUAUAGUAGCCAAAAUCAAUGAAGCUAAAGAUUUACUUAAAAGGUCAAGCUAA